AUGAAAUAUUUAAUAUCAUUAGAUGGAAGUCAGCAAUCUCACAAAGCUUUUGAAUUAGCUGAAAAUUUAUACAAACCAGGAGAUCAUAUGCAUAUAGUUACAAUAACAAAACCAAAACAACCAUUAGAAAAAGGUGAAGAACUUUUAGAAAGAUAUGAACAAUUAUGUGCUGAAAAAGGUAUAAAAAAUGAAAGAAUUAUGUUAAAAUCUCAAGAUGUUGGAAUUGGUUUAGAACAAGCAAUUUCAGAUUAUUCUAUUGAUAUUUUAAUUCUUGGAACUAGAGGAAUGAAUACAUUGAAAAAGAUUUUCAUAAAUUCUGUUUCGAACUAUGCAAUGAAUCACGCUGCUUGUGAUGUUAUUAUUGCAAAAUAA